GGGGUGGCAGCAGCGCUUUGGCCGGCAACCACGAAACAAAACCGGGCCAAGAUGGGAGCGGCGCUCCGAGCAAAGCAAAGGGUGUCUGGGGUGGAGGAGGGGGGGUGGAGACGACGGGGCAGGAGGGCAGCAGUAGCUGCGUCGGUGUUGCUGCUGAAACGGAAAAUAAAAUGAACCAGGGAAGCUCCAACAGCAACAGCCAGCUCCUGCGGCCGAAACAGCUUCAGCCAGAAUCUCCACCUGUCAAACCCAAACUCCGGGCCGGACGAGGUGAGGGGAACCCGGGGGUCGGGGGUAGCGGGCAAACCAGCUCGGAUUUGGGCGAAAGACUGAUCGCCUCCGUCCGCAGACUAGCCGAGCAGAACCGAGCCUCCGCGUUAAGAGGGGAGACCCGCGGGGGCCACAAGCCACUGGGACUGAAGGAGAUCCUGGGUUACCUGACCAGCCAAGACGGCCCCUCAUCUGAGGGUAAGCUGACCCGUAACAGGGUCAAGGUGGUUCUGGAGAGAGAGGUGGCGAGAGGUCGGCUGCGGAGGACCCGGUGUGGGAACAUCACUCUCCCGGUGAGGGGAGUGGAGACAGCGUCAACCCCAGCGAAGCCACCCGGCCCCGCUAACAGACUGCUGAAGAGCGCACUGCAGGAUAAGCACAUUGGGAAAAAGGAGGUGAAAGAGGAGGAGCCAAUGGAGACAGAGAGUGGAGAGGAGGAGGAGGAUGAAGAGGAGAAGGGAACAGGGGAUGCUGAGGAUGGGGGGCAGAGUGACACCCAAACCUCAGGGGGUGAGGAGGGUUCUAAAGGGGGGACUUGCCCUGCCCCGGUUCCCAUGGAAACGGAACCCAGGAAUGGUGAUGACAUCACUGGAGGUUCUGAGGGGCAGGCGGGGGUUAAGCAGGAGGACAAACAACCGGAACACACAACCAAUACGGUCUCUCCAGACCAGAUACACACAGACACACAGGAUCAGAAUGUGGUACAGUCAGAGAGAGAGCCACCUCUGUCCUCUGUCCACAACCACAACUGUUCGGCCUGUAAGACAGAGGUGGGUGUGUCCUCCUGUCUCCUCACCCCCACUGCCUCACCUAGAGACUCUGGCCUGGCAGAGGAGAGAGGGAUGAAUGGAGGAGUGUUUGUGAAGUCUGAGCUGGGCAGUCUAAACCCAGUCAACUGGACAGUGUCUGAUGUGGUCUGUUAUUUCACGACAGCAGGGUUUGCAGAACAGGCCUUAGCCUUCAGGACUCAGGAGAUAGAUGGGAAGUCCCUCCUCCUGAUGCAGCGUAACGAUGUCCUGACAGGCCUCUCAAUCAGAUUAGGCCCCGCCCUGAAGAUCUAUGAGCGCCAUGUGAAGGUUCUGCAGAGAACACACUUUGAAGAGGACGACUGAUGACUUUACCUGGAGAGAGAGACACACACACACUCCUCCUCCUCUCUCAACUUUAACUACGGAACAUUCCAAUCCCCAAACCCUGACCCCUGAACUCUAAACUGACCAACCCUCUCUAGGCCCCAACUCUCACAUCCCCCUCUCCUGGACUCAACUCUCCUCUCCUCCUUCAUCCAUCUCUCCUCUCACAUCCCUCUCUCCAAGCCACAUCUCUCCUCUCACAACCCCC